GCCGGGUCGGGGCCGCGGGCCAAGUGCCCCAGGCUCCCUCCGUCCGGAUGUGAUGAAAGGCGGCCGACGAGGAAGCGCUGGGGAGGCCGGCGUGGAGGACGGGGGAAAGGCGGGCGCCGAGGGACCGGGAGCCGCGGGGAGGCGGGGCCGGAGCCCGGGGGCAGCCCCGGCCCGUGGCCGCUCCGCCCCCACCGCCGGGCCCCCGGGGCGAGCUGCGAGCUCGGCCGGAGCCUCGCUAACUUUUCCGGGCGGAAGAGGAGGAGAAACGGGCUGGGGCCGAGUUGUGGGUGGGAGGAUGCCGAGCAGCCCGCUCCCUGCGCCCGGCGGGGCGGCCAGCUAGGCGGCCGUCGGCGGAGCGGCCCAUGUCCGACGCCGGCGAAGCCCUGGGUCCGGGGCCCCGACCGGGGGCCGAAGCUGGCGAGGGCCGCCUGGGCGCCCCGGCCCGGGAUAAAUGUGAAAAAGAAAAUACUGAGAGAGAUAUAACUCAUGCCACCAAUAGCUGCUUCACACAUGGAGAGAUGCAAGACCAGUUCAUUUGGGGAAAUUGUUCAGAGGAUGAACUCAUCAGAACCCAACCUCAGCGCUUGCCUCAGCUUCAAACUUCAGCACAAGAACCAAGUGAGGAGGACAUAGACAAGACAAAGAACUGCCACAAAAGUCUGAGCAACGGAAAUGGAAUUCACCAUGGAGUCAAACAUGUGUCUGUGGAGAAUCGAAGACUUUCAGCACCUGUUUCCCAAAAAAUGCAUAGAAAAAUUCAGUCCAGCUUGUCUGUAAAUAGUGAUAUCAAUAAGAAGAGUAAAGUGAAUGCAGUCUUUUCCCAAAAGCCAGGCUCCUCACCUGAAGAUUGCUGUGUCCACUGCAUCCUCGCCUGCUUGUUCUGUGAAUUCCUGACCCUCUGCAACAUCGUCCUGGGACAAGCUUCCUGUGGCAUCUGUACCUCAGAGGCCUGCUGCUGUUGCUGCGGAGAUGAAGUGGGGGAUGACUGCAACUGCCCUUGUGACAUGGACUGUGGCAUCAUGGACGCCUGUUGUGAAUCAUCAGACUGUUUGGAAAUCUGUAUGGAAUGCUGUGGAAUCUGUUUUCCUUCAUAAAUAUUUAUCUUUUGUUUG